GGGAGCCAGAGCACAGCCGGGAGCUGCAGGUGACAGGUGAGCCAGCCCUGCUGGAUUUAUCGUCUUGCCCAGCUCACGUUACCUGGGUAAUUUCUCCCCCUGUUACCCCAGGUCUGCUUCUCUUUCCCUGCACAGAUUCCCGGCUGCAGAUAUUCACAGAACCCUCCUCCCGGGCCCUGCUGGGCUCUGGGGCGCUGCUGAAAUGUCGGUUCGACGUCGGGGGGCCGGUCGAUCUGAGCUCCCUGCGGGUUCAGUGGUAUCUGUUUGAGGAGAGGAUCGCGCAGUACGACCAGGGCAGGGGAGAAUCCCAGGUCAGAGCGAGCGUGUCAGAGCAGGAGUUGGAGAACGGGAACGCAUCCCUGUCGCUCUCCGGUGUGUCGGUGUCGGAUGAGGGGCUAUAUAAAUGCGUCGUUGGUUACGGUACAGAGCAGCUGCAGGGAGAGACGACCCUCCGUGUGCUUGCUGCUCCCAGACUCUCCAUCCCCCGGCGAGUGGUCAGGACAGACGCAGCGACCUCCUUCCCCUGCCACGUGUGGGGAUUCUACCCCGGGGACGUCACCGUCACGUGGCUGAGAGACGGGCGGGUUCUGACUGAUGCCACCCACUCUGCCCCCCAGAGGAACCCGGACGGGACCUUUAACCUCACCCUGACCUACACCUUCACCCCCACCAUGAGCAACUCCGGCAGCAUCUUCUCCUGUCACGUCACCCACGCGGCUCUGGCUCAGCCCCUGCGGGAGGAGUUCCCCUGGCUGUAACAGACGCUCCCAGGAUCUCCAUCCCCCAGCGAUCGGGAACGAAAUUCACAACAACCUCCUUCCCCUGCCACGUGUGGGGAUUCUACCCCCGGGACAUUGCCGUCAUGUGGCUGAGAGACGGGCGGGUUCGGCCUGAAUCC